AUGGAGUCCACCACGCCCGCCAAAGUUUCAUUCUCUCUCAAGGCAAAACCAAAACCUAAACCGGUGCCUCCAGUUGCCCCUCAGACUUCUGCAUUUGGAUCGUUUGACGGCGAUGAAGAGCCUCUGGCGCCAAAAUUGUCGAGACCGGACAAGUCUAGUGCUCCAUUGUCCAUGGUCCCGAAGCAGGGCACAAUAACCAAAGCAAUGAAGCGAGAGAUGGAGCAGCAGAAAAAGGUAGACGCGACUGUCUACCUAUAUGACGAGGUUUACGAUAAUCUCAAAGAGGCUGAGAGAAUUAAUCAAGCUGCAAAGGAAGAGGAAGCCAAGACGAGGCAGCCUAAAUACAUUGGCAAUCUCCUCCAGGCGGCGGACCAGAGAAAGCGCGACCAUCUCAUAGCCGAGGAAAAGCUCAUUCAAAGGGAGAGAGAGCUAGAAGGAGACGAGUUUGUGGGCAAGGCAAAGUUUGUAACCCAGGCAUAUAAAGAUCAGCUCGCAGCGAAUAGAAAGGCCGAAGAGGAGGAAAAAUUGCGGGAAGAACAAGAAAAGAAACAAAAGGGCAAGAGCGGGCCAGGGAUGACUCAUUUCUACGCCAGUCUGCUCAAGCAAUCAGAAGAGAAGCACAAUGCGAUCUUGUCUGCAUCAAAGUCUAUUAUUGGGCCUACAAUGCCUCCCGAAUCUGUCAACCUUGCCAUUAAACCUCCAACUGAACCGAAAGAUUUGACUGAUGUUGAACGGGCAAGACUUGCUCUCGCAGAAGGAAAACAGGUUGAGCUCAACGACGACAAUCAGAUUGUCGACAAGCGGGAGCUAUUAUCUGCAGGCCUCAAUCUUGGUGGUAAAAACACGCGGGAUCUUGCAGCUUACCGAAGGAGUAAAGAGCAGCAAAAGGAUACCCCUGUCAAUGCCCAUACAGCCGUGGGAGCUGCGGCCAGUCGUAGAGAAAUAGACGCCCGGCGACGAAAGGAGGUGGAGGACCAGCUUGCUGAAGAAGAGGAGAGGCGUGUACGGGAACGGGAGCGUGAAGAGGAGGAAGCACGCCAGAGGGCAGUCAAGAGGAAGAAUGACGACGAGGCGGUUAUGAGUGCUCGCGAGCGGUAUCUAGAGCGAAAGCGGCGGAAACUAGAGGCUCCACCUCCAGAGGAUGAUGACUGA